UAUGCAAAUCAUUUUCAGUCACUACAGCUGCACCAAACACACACGACGCUGGAGUCGGUUAAACUCACUGCGGUAUGGAACAAGAUACCUUUAUUUCAUCAAUGACACGAGCAGGACGACAACGUAUGAACUUAAUUAACAUCAUAUUGUAUAAUAUUCUGACAAGAGAGUAACCGAACAAACAGGAGAAGGACCUAAACCGUCUCAGAGAACGCACGAGAGGUUUCCACACUCUUCAAUUGUGUUGGCUUAAAGGAUGUUCGUCUUCAUGCUCUGCCUGUUCUUAUGGUCCUGGCUGUCAUCCAUUCACGGUCUGGAGUUUCACUAUCAUAACAGCAUGGAAAUGGAGCAGUACUUGAAAGACAUCAACAGGACGCUUCCUGAUAUCACGCAUCUACACAGUAUCGGCCAGUCCGUUGAAGGAAGAGAACUCUGGGUCUUAAUACUGGGUCAACAUCCCAGAGAACACAGAACGGGCAUCCCGGAAUUCAAAUACGUGGGCAACAUGCACGGAAACGAGGCUGUUGGCCGUGUGUUACUGCUUCAGUUGAUCGAUUAUCUGACCAGCCGUUACCUGAGUGAUCCGCUGGUGACAAGUUUGUUGAACAGCAGUCGUGUGCACAUCCUGCCAUCCAUGAACCCGGACGGCUUUGAGUCAUCUGCCCGGGAAUGCAUGUAUACAAAAGGCCGGUAUAAUAAGAACGGAGUGGACCUGAAUCGCAAUUUUCCGGACGCGUUCGAGAGUACUACAGGUCGGAAAAGGGAGAAGGAGGUAAGGGCCGUGAUGGACUGGCUAAAGACGCAAAGCUUUGUCCUCUCGGCCAAUCUCCACGGAGGAGCGGUGGUGGCCAGCUAUCCCUACGACAACAGCAACGGAGGAAGCGAGCUGCAACGAGGCCUCAGCAUCUCCCCCGACGAUGACGUGUUUGUCCACCUGGCAAAGACCUACUCCUACAGCCACCGCGAGAUGCACAACGGAAACAGCUGUUACGACUCGCAGGACUUCUCCCACGGCGUAACUAACGGAUAUCACUGGUAUCCUCUACCAGGGGGAAUGCAAGACUAUAACUACGUGUGGGCACAAUGUUUGGAGCUCACACUGGAAAUCUCUUGCUGCAAGUAUCCUCCAGAGGCGCAGCUUCCCGGCCUAUGGGCGGCCAACAAACCCGCACUACUGGCUUACAUGCAGCAAGUACACCUAGGGGUGAAAGGAGUAGUGAUGGACUCGUACGGGAAGCCUGUCCAAAACGCUGUAGUGGAGGUAGCGGGGAGAAGAAACGUUUGUCCCUUCAGGACGGAUCGUAACGGGGAAUACUACAGACUGCUGCUGCCCGGAAACUACACCAUCAAAGUGACAUACCCAGGACACAAAACCCUCACCCGGACCAUUCCAGUGCCAUAUGGUCCGGACGCAUUCUCUGCACUCACACACAACUUUCUCCUGCAAACCAGUGACUACAGCUCAACAGCAACACAACUACCCCAGUCCUGCACCACCCCAGAUCUGGGAAUCCAGGAGAGCGACAGUGCCACCCUGCUGCCCAGUGUGUUCACUGCACUUACCUUAUUCCUCCUCCAAACACUGCUGAUGCUGUCCUGACAGAGCAAACACUCUUAAACAUUAAGGACACACUCAUUUUUGCUUUUAUUGCACAUUUUUGCCCCUACCUUUUGUACAAAAUCCUCACAACAUAUCUACACUUGUCCAAACUAGCAACACACAUGGAGCGUGUCGUCAAUAUCCACAAGCCACUGUAGUUAUGACAAUUUUUAGAGCCAAGUUACAAAUCCUUGACCCAACACCUCAACUGCUUUACAUUUACUUUCAAACUAGCUUUGUUUUACUUCAUGUUUUAUAAUGCCGUCUCAUUUCAAAUAUGCUUCUCAAUAGUGGAACAUACUAUUAGACUCAUGAAGGACCACUCUAAAAGUUGAUGGUAUACAAAUGGUAUACAACAUAUACAAAAUGGUAUUUUUGGACCAAGGUUCUAGUCUGGACUGUUUUCUUUACAGUUAUCGUUUCAAGAUUUGCAGAUACUAUGUCAAACUUUCUUUUUGUUUUGUUUUUUUUACUUCACCUCAUUUCUACAUUGACAGAGACUCUUUGCAAGCCAAAUGAAACCUGCUGCUCUUUCUACCUCACACAGUCUCACGUUCAAGACUGACAGUGCCUUCAGUAAACAUGCCAAACACCACAUCUGCCGUCUCCUUUUUCUCAAGUCACAUGCUGUAUGCGUACUUUUGUUUUUUUCUGCUAACUCAAUAUUAUUACAUUACACACUAAUCUCUUCAACUUCCUUACACUAUUAUUAGGGAUUUUCUGAUUUUCUAUUUUUCUCCUAGUUAAUGCAUUAACUACAAUUCUUCUUUUUUUGCCUAGUUGAUGCAUUAACCAUUUUUACUGUAAGCCAAUUUAUACUACGCAUUUACACCAAACAUUUUUACUCAUCUAAUGCACCUGCAAACAGCAACUCUUCUUAUGCUCACAUUUUAUUGACUUCAAUCUUUGUUGCUAACCUCCAGUGAAUUAUUUCACCAAUACUAAUCAAUCACUGCAAAUCACUUCAGUCUAACGUCACUUUUUUUCGCUCUCCUUAAAUUGGACCAUUCAACUGCACUCGUUUUCUGUUCUUUUGCCAUUCAAAAUCAUUUGCUUUCCCUUUUUUUACCACACUACAUUUCUUUUUAUACGUUACUUGCUUUCAAAAGUGUUCCCUUUCCAGUCCAAACAAACCCCGCAUGCAGCCUGUCAAACAAAAGCUCACGGACAUUUGUUACACGAUUGUGCACAUUUCAAGAUAUACUUCCACAAAUCAACAUCCCCAUAUCUUUGUCGUCAACACAAUAGAAAAUCCUAGUUUGCAAACAAACAGUAAAUGAUGAUAAUUCAAAUACACGUUAACUACUAUUUUGUCUUCACACACACAUUUGCACACUUCCUCAGGAAACAUUGCCAGUCACACUAACGUUGUUUUGACUUUAACACUUCACUUUU